ACCGAAGCCUGCUUUACUAACUUCAUCGAUCAUGGUCAUCCUCUGUGACAGUGUCCGAGUCAUUGCUCGACGGUAAUCAGAGUAGAACCGCUCGUCGCCUUUCGACGGAAGUCAUUCUUAAGCCCGGGUGUCAGAUAAGCCUGAACAGCUUUGGAUACACGAGACUUAUAAAACUUGAGAUAUCUUCAAGUUUCAUCUCUAAACCAGGAAGAUAUCCCAAGUCUCAUAAGUCGACUCCCUCCCCAAUACAUCGAGUACGAUGCCAUCCCGAAUCAAUCUUAUAUUCGGAGCAGGUUCCUUUGGGCUUCUAGGGCCACAAUCGAAUGGAGCACGUAUUCAUUCAGUUGAACAGGCUCGAGAAACCAUCAGUGUAUAUCUCAAUCAUGGAUAUGCCACCAUCGAUACCGCUCGUCUAUAUGGUGGCGGAACAUCUGAGGAGUUCAUUGGCCAAGUUGAUCUCGCGGAAGGAUGCUAUAUAGAUACCAAGGCCCUUUCAUCGAAGCCUGGCGAUCUGUCGCCUAAGAAUCUUCAAGCCUCUUUGAUGGAAUCUUUGAAGGCCCUGCGCUGUAAAAAAGUGCACAUCUUUUAUUUACACACGCCUGACCGAAGCGUGCUCAUUGAGGACACCUUGCAAGAGAUCAAUGACCUUUAUAACGAGGGACAUUUCGAACAAUUUGGCCUGAGCAACUAUAACUCUUGGGAGGUCGCUGAAAUUAUGGGCAUCGUGAAACAGAAUAACUGGAUCAGGCCUACAGUGUAUCAAGGCGGAUAUAACGCAAUAGAGCGAAAUGUAGAAGUGGAGCUCAUUCCUUGUCUGCGUCAUUUUGGGAUCAAGUUUUAUGCGUACGGACCAUUGGCAGGCGGUCUUCUAGUAGGAAAGAUUCUCGAUGAAGAUAGCCUGAAAAAUACCAAGGGAGGUCGUUGGGAUCCUUCUGUAUCCCACCUGGCACCUUUAUUACAUGAACAAUGCAGACCACUGCUGUCAAUUCUGCGCGAAUUGAAGGAGAUAUUGGAUGUGCAUAACGUCCGCAUGGCUGAAGUAGCUCAACUAUGGCUGCAACACCACAGUAUGCUCCAACCUGGAGAUGCAGUUAUUCUCGGUGCAGCAUCACCCCAGCAAAUGGAUGAUAACAUCGUGCAAUGUGAGGGAGGACCGCUCCCGGAUGAGAUAGUGAAAUUGUUGGAAGAGGCAUGGAAAAAGGCAAAAGCUGUUGCAUCUCAUUAUGCCAUGUAGAUAAAAUCAAGGAUGGACUCAGACACCCCUAUGGGUGAUCUCCAAGCACACUAGGAACGCAUCAUGACAAAAUUACCUGUCCUUCAAAACGUUUCAAUCAGAACAGUUAAAGACUUCCUAGUGUUUCAGC